GGGCGGAGCAGCAGGAAGUGCGACUCUGUAUCUGCGCUGUGGCUCCCAGCGCUCAUAGCCUCACUGCUGGUGUCUGGAGCCAUGGGCUGCCGCGCCUCAUUCUCCGCUACUGUCGCCUAUGCUUUAGUCCUCCUUGCCUUGAAUCCGCUCCUAUCGAGCCCCGCGGCGGCUGCCCCCCACCUGCCUCGGGCCGCCCAGACCCUCCGUCUGUCUAGCUCGCCCAGCAGUGCCCCCGCUGCGAGGCUCAGCUACAAAACCCACUACCUGGUCCAGCAGGUUGAUCACUUUGGAUUUGAUGUUCGUUUGACAUUUAAACAACGGUACCUAAUAGCAGAUCAACACUGGAAGAAUGAUAAUGGCCCAAUACUUUUCUACACUGGAAAUGAAGGGGACAUUACCUGGUUUUGCAAAAAUACGGGCUUCAUGUGGGAUGUGGCUGAGGAGCUGAAAGCCAUGUUGGUGUUUGCUGAACAUCGCUACUAUGGAGAGUCCUUACCCUUUGGUAACCUGUCAUUCAGUGAUUCCAAGCACUUGAAUUAUCUGACAUCAGAGCAGGCUCUGGCUGACUUUGCAGUUUUAAUUGAAUACUUGAAAAAAACAAUCCCAGGUGCUAAAAAUAGUCCUGUUAUUGCUAUAGGAGGCUCAUAUGGAGGGAUGCUUGCUGCCUGGUUCAGAAUGAAAUAUCCUCAUAUAGUGAUUGGAGCACUUGCAGCCUCUGCUCCCAUCUGGCAAUUUACAGAUUUGGUCUCUUGUGGAAAAUUUUUUGAAAUUGUAACCAAUGAUUUCAAGAAAAGUGGUUCUAAUUGUUCAGAAACCAUCCAGGGUUCUUGGAAAGCAAUUGAUAGACUGACAUCCACAGGUGAAGGUUUGCAGUGGAUUUCUGAAGCAUUUCAUCUCUGCGACCCAUUAAGAAGCCAAACUGAUAUAAUCAUGUUGAAAUCAUGGCUCACUGAAACGUGGGUGAAUCUGGCAAUGGUGGAUUACCCAUAUAGUUCAGACUUUUUAAUGCCUUUGCCUGCUUGGCCUAUUAAGGAGGUAUGCAAAUAUUUGACAGAUCCCAGUGCAUCAGAUAAAAUAUUGGUACAGAAUAUUUUCCAAGCAGUGAAUAUCUAUUACAAUUAUUCUGGAGAAGCAAGCUGCCUGAAUAUCUCACAAACGGCAACAAGCAAUCUUGGGAUCCAGGGCUGGAACUAUCAGGCCUGCACAGAAAUGGUAAUGCCCUUUUGUAGCACUGGUAUCAGUGAUAUGUUCGAACUUCAGGCAUGGGAUUUUGCUGCAUAUUCUGACCAGUGUUUCCAAGAAUGGGGUGUGAGACCUAGACCUCUGUGGAUUCCAACUGUGUUUGGUGGUAAAAACAUCAGUUCACACAGUAACAUUAUCUUCAGCAAUGGUGCACUGGAUCCUUGGUAUGCAGGUGGAGUGAAUGAGAACAUCACAGAUACUCUGGUUUCAAUAGUCAUCCCAGAUGGAGCUCAUCACUUAGAUCUACGUGCCAGGAAUGCUGAUGAUCCUGAGUCAGUGUUGUUAGCCAGAACCAUGGAAGUUGACUACAUGAAGAAAUGGAUCACACAGUUUCAGGGUCAUCUCUGAAAAGCGACAUGGAUGCAACAGAAUAAUGUUGUGAUUUUUUUCCUCAAACAUCACCCCCUGUGCUUUUUCUGUGUAUUCUUUUUCCAUUACUAGAUUGGGGACAAGAGAGGAAAAGUACCUAUAAUAAAAUUCCCUCAGUGGGAUUUUAUUUUGCAGGUGGGGGACUUCCAUAUUCUGUGUUCUUUAAAGAGGUCCUUUUUAGUUUUUACAAAUUGCCAAAAACCUAACCUGGUAUGUCCUCCCUGAAUAUAUCAGGGUUCCCGAUUGUCUUAGGAAAAAUGAACAACUCUACUGAGGGAUAGCUUGAUUAAUGUUGGGCUUUUUGUCCCUCACCUAUUCAGUUUUUCAAAUCACCUUGGGGGGGGGGGAGGGGGCUACUUGUCACUUCUCACCAGAGAAUUUUGCAAAAACAAACCAACAAACAAACCAGAAAUGUUAAGGGCAGGGGGGUGAUGAAAAAAUGAUACCUGCUGUUGUGGAAAACCUUCUUAAUAGGUCACAUCUAGAACAUGGAAAACAUUUCUCUUGUUCUGAAGUUGUUACCCAAGGAUGUAAGUUGGGCUGUGCUAUUGUAAAGAAGGUAUAGGGCUGGGCCUUAUACCUAUUUGUUUAUAUUAAAAUACAUGCCCGCUGUAUUUUAACAUGCCACAUAUUUAGUUUGGUUGUUUGUGUGAUUUUUAUCUUUCAUGUGUAUCUUCCUUCUUGGCAUUGUCUCUUAAUUCUGGGAUAUUUGCCACAGCUUGUUUGCCAGAGAGAAAUUUGGCUAUUUUCUGCUCCAUUUCUCUUUGUUUCUGAGCUCAAUUUUGGGACACUUUUGAUAGGCUCUUCUGGUUUAAAAAAAAUCAACUUUGCCCAUUAUAUUUUUUGAGGGACUUGCUUGUAUACAAUUUGGCACCUACAGAAGUUUCAAUAUAGAUCUUAAAAUUAUAGAUUAACUAUUCAAAGUUGGUUCCAUUUACCUUUCCUUUUCUUGUUAUUGGUUGGGCUGAUGUCAUGAAAGCCCGGGGUGUUGCAGCACACAGGGGCAGGUGCACAACAAGUUUCCUGUUUGGUAUCCAAAAAGGCCAACUGACCAAUUCAGAGAGACAGCAUUUUUGACAUUAAUAAAUGACUGAGCUGUUCCUAUUUUCAAGCUUUUGGCUUCUUUCAUGCAGCACUUACACUGAAACCUUUCUUUCUGAGAGCUUUUUUAGGAUAACAAAUAGGGCUGGAUCAAACCCUUUCAGGGGCAGAGGGGGACUCUCUUAACAGCUUCUGCUUUGUUGAAAGUCUUUUUCUCUUAUUUUUGCUGUUCUCUUUCUUUAGGAUCUUUCCCGUUGCCCUGCCUUGGGAACAAUGUCUGUUCUUUAAAAAAAAAUGUACCUCAAGCCUAAUCACUUAAAAAAAAAUGCCGGGGCAGCUAGAUGGCGCAGUGGAUAGAGCACCGGCCCUGGAGUCAGGAGUACCUGAGUUCAAAUCCAGCCUCAGACACUUAACACUUACUAGCUGUGUGACCCUGGGCAAGUCACUUAACCCCAAUUUCCUCACUAAAAAAAAAAAUGCCAAUUCAUGGUUCUAGCUCAGAUACAAGGACAAUGUGUGUGUGUGUGUGUGUGUGUGUGUGAGAUCUAGAAAAUAUAGGAGGAUAAUUGUCCUUUUUUAGAAACAUUCAAUUCCCUAUUAUAUUGGAUCAUUUAGUCACUGUUUUCAUUUUAAAUUCAGGACAAUUCCAUGAUGUGGGGAUCUUAUGACCAAAGUGUAAUGGUGCUGGUUUUUGCUGCCCAUGAGUAGUUAUAUAAUUUGGAAUGUAUAGAUUACUGUUUUCCCAUUAUGUGUAUGUGAAUGACCCAAGAGAAUUUUCAUUAAAAUGUCCUUUUUUGCUAUAUAUUAUAAAUGUAUUUACACAAUAUAUACACAUAUAAGUGGAAUUCUUAAUGACAAUUUUUACCUAUUAACUACCUGAGAAAAUUAGGCUUAAGAAAGUUUUCAUUAAAAAUCAAUCUCUCUUCGGGCAGCUAGGUGGAGCAGUGAAUAGAGC